UAGACCCUGGGGCUGGCAUGGUUCCCAGAUGCGAGAACUUAUUCAGGAGGUAAUGAUUGCAUUAAUAAAGUACAUUUGGAGGCAUGUUGGCCGCAUCAACUCAAAUCUAAAUUUGCCUCUUUUUGUUUCCAAAUGAAGUGACAGCAACAGGCCCUGUCUAAUGGAUCUAAUCGGGGUAGCAGGCACAUGGCCACAUGAAGCAAUGCAGAGGCCCAAGAGUCUGGCUUUAACAGCAGGCAAGCUACACAGAAGGAAUUCAUGCUCUCUGUACACUUGCGUGGGUGGCCUUGCAACCCUCAAAACAUUUCCUGUUGUUUAAAUCUUGGUCUUUUUGAUUUUUUUUUUUUAAACUAAAGAUUUUGUGCAAUUUAUGUGGAGAGCUAGGGGUACUUUCCUCUUUACAGUGGCCCAGAUGCUCUCUGAGUGUAUGCUGAGGGAUCAAAUUGCUGCCACAGGAAUGGGAGUCUGUAAGGCUCACUUGGUGCUCUCAGUCCAGAUACUUCUGAUGAAGAGAGAAAAUUAUUAAUCCUGAAUUUUUCAUGGGUUUUUACAAUUUACAGAGUGCUUUUCAUGCAUAUUCUUAUUUAGCCCUUUAUAGAGAGUGGUUAAGAGCAUUAGCUUUGGAGGGGAGGCUUGGGUUCAAAUCCUGUCUCUCCCAGCUCCACCCUGGAACUAUUGCUGGGUGAGCUACUUGACCUCAUCAGCCACUAUUUCUUCUUUAAAGUGAGAAUGAUGGCAUUUACCUAAUAAAGGUGGUGUUGUGGAUUGAAUUGUGUCCCCCAAAAUUUGUGUCAACUUGGCUAGGCCUUGAUUCCCAGUAUUAUGUGAUUGUCCACCAUUUUGUCAUCUGAUGUGAUUUUCCUAUGCGUUGUAAAUCUUACCUCUAUGAUGUUAAUGAGGUGGGAUUAGCGGCAGUUAUAUUAAUGAGGCAGGACUCAAUCUACAAGAUUAGGUUAUGUUUUAAGCUAAUCUGUUUUAAAGUAUAAAAGAGGGAAGCGAGCAAAGAGACGGGGGACCUCAUGCCAUCAAGAAAGCAGCUCCACGAGCACAGCACGUCCUUUGGACCUGGGGUCCUUGUGCAUGAGAAGCUCCUAGACCAGGGGAAGAUUGAUGACAAGAACCUUCCUCCAGAGCCGACAGAGAGAGAAAGCCUUCUGCCAGAGCCAGCACCCUCAAUUUGGAUUUUUAGCCUCCUAGACUGUGAGAGAAUAAACUUCCAUUUGUUGAAACCAUCCACUUGUGGUAUUUCUGUUAUAGCAGCACUAGAUAACUAAGACAGUUGGUAAGAGGAUUGAUUUAAAUGAUGAUGUAGUUAAGUGCUUAGCACAAGCCCUGGCUCAAGGUAAACAUUCAAGAGGUAGUAAAACCAGUUGCUGUCACUCAUGGUGACUCCAUGUGUGUCAGAGUAGAACUGUACUCCAUAGGGUUUUCAAUGGCUGAUUUUGAGAAGUAGAUCGCCAUGCCUUUCUUCCAAGACACCUCUGGGUGGACUUGAACCUUCAGCCUUUUGGUUAGCAGCCAAGUGUGUUAACCAUUUGAACCACCCGGGGACUCCUCAAGAAGUGGUUGUCAGUGCUAACUAUGAAGAAGGAAAAGUAAUUUUUCUUAAGUGCCUCUUAUAUACCCAAGCCUGGGUUCUCUCUAUACAUUAACUCACUUUAUGCCCACAACGGUCACUGCCUAAGCCAGUGUUUCUCCAGGUGUGUUCGUUGACCGUCUAUACCAGAAAGCAGGUAUCUGCCCCCACCCUGCAUUCCUCUUGUUUGUCUCCCGCAGGGAGCCGUGAACUUUCCAAGUUCAGGGCUGUGUCUCUUCUCACUAUCCUCGAUAGCAUGGAACACCAUUUCUGAACCUGACAGACACACAGGAAACCUUUGUUGACUGAAUAGACACAAGAAGUGGGUAGUUUUCAGAGUAGGAGACUAAAUCUCAGUGACACUUUCAACGCUGCAUCAUGGAUUGUGGCCAAGUUGAGAUGCAGAUCUUCACCUUUUCAAGUACAUUCUUUGUUGCCACACAGUGCUACCCUCCUCAGGGGUCUGGGUGACAGGUGUAAGGCUAUUUGCCCGUCACUAAAUGUCCGCAAACUUUUGGGGGUUCAUCUGUCCUGUAGACUUUUCUAUCUCGUCCCUUGUUGGAGGCGCUGUGUUCUCUCUCUUCUUUCACGUACCUGCCUCUGUUGUUAGUUACCAUUGAGUUGGCUUUGACUCAUGGCUACCUUAGGCAUAACAGUAUGAAACAUUGCUCUGUCCUGUGCCAUCUUCAGGAUCGUGGACAUGUUUGAGUCCAUUGUUGCAGCCACUGAGUCAAUCCAUCUCAUUGAGGGUUUCCCUCGGUUUCAUUGGCCUUAUACUUUACCAAACAUGAUGUCCUUUUCUGGCGAUUGGUCCUUCCUGGUGAUGUGUCCAAAUUAAGCAAGCCGAAAUCAUGUCAUCCAAGGAGCAUUCUGGUUGUAUUUCUUCAAAGACUGAUUUGUUUUGUUCCUUUGGCAGUCCAUGACAUAUUCAGUAUACCUGCCUCUAGCUACUCCUUUUCCCCCUUCUAACGUUCUGUGGAGUUGGAAAUAAACAGGCCACCAUCUAUUCUUUAGUUACGUGGGUCACAGCCAUGGUGGCAUCUGGCUGAGCUUAUGGUCUAAGCUGGUGAGGUGCCCUUGGCAGGGCUUGGCAAGGCAGUACAUGGUGUUGUCAGUUGCCGUUUCAUACCGUUAGACUUCGGGCUUUAUACCCUCUGAGCUGCCAACCCUGAGCCUCAACUUUGGUUCCAGUCAAAUAAGACGAUUUAGACUAAGCUGUGUUUUUCUUUUUUUAACUUUAUUGUGGUAAAAUAUGUAUAACAUAAAACUUGCCAUUUUAGUUCGAGUGUACAAUUCAGUGCCAUUAAUUAUAUUAACAAUGUUGAGUCAGCCAUCACCACUAUUUCCAAAACUGUUUCAUCACCCCGGAUGCUCUUAACUGUGCUUUUUAAACUGUGCUGUUGAGAGGAGCUGCUGAAGGGUGCAGAGGGAGGCAAUGUAUAAAUGAGUGAGUAAGUGGGAUUCUGCUUCCUCAUGCGAGCCCCCCACCAUUUCCAUUUUAGCGAGGUUCUGAGAAAGGUUUCAUGUUAAAAUCCUUAACAUUAAAUGUUUCUAAAACACUAAACUAGACAGUCUCUGAGGCCCUUCUAGCUCUAACCCUCUAAGGUUCUUAAAAAAUAAUCCUUUCAUAAUUGUAUAAAAACCAGUUGCCACUGAAUUGAGACUAUAGCAACUCCAAAGUGUGUCAGAGUAGAACUGUGUUCCACAGGAUUUUCAAUGGCUGAUUUUUUAGGACAUAGAUUGCCAGGGCUUUCUUUCUAGGCACCUCUGGGUAGAUUCAAACCUCCAACCUUUUGAUUAGUAGUCGAGUGCUUGACCAUUUGCACCACCCAGAGACUCCUUCAUAAUGUAUACCAAACCCGUUGCCUUUGAAUCAAUUCUGACUCUUGGCGACCCUGCAGGACAGAGUAGAACUGCCCCAUAGGUUUCCAAGGCUAUAAUCUUUGUGGAAGCAGAUUGCCACUUCUUUCUACCAAUGGAGUGCUUGUUGGGUUUGAACCACUGACCUUUCAGAUAGCAGCUGAGUGCUUAUCCACUGUACCACCAGGGCUCUCUUCAUGAUGUAUAACAAAACCAAAACCAAACCCAUUGUGGUCAAGUCGACUUUGGCUCAUAGCGACCUUAUGUAUAGGUGAAUUCUAAAAGAGGCUGUAAGGUCUGGUGGCAGGGCUGGUUGUUGGUCUGUCCCUUAGAGCUGUCCUGGCUACACUGAAAGAAGGACUGAAGCAUGGCCAAAAGGGAUGUCACCUUGAGGAUGGUGGGCUGGGCUCCCUGGGCCUGCAAAAGGAAGGGCUGACAUUGGUCCCUGGCAUUGCAGCAGCCAAAGCCCUCUCCCACUGGCUGCUCCUUGGCCUUACUACAGUGCACUGAGGUUCCAUUUGCUUCAGGUCACACAGCCAGGUCUUUGCCCAGAGCUGUCCCACCGCCUACAGCACGGCUGACGUGGCCUGCACUGUAGUGAACACAGCCUCUGGGGUGCUGAGUGAUGUGAGGGGUGUCUCCUCCUGAGCAAGACUGCAGAUGGCAGAUGCCUUGCAGGAAGGAAUGGCCUGGGUGUUCCCAAGAAAGUGGCCAGAAGAUGAGAUGCUCCAGUGUGUGAUGGGCCAUCAACAAGCACACUUAGUAGCUUGAUAAGAGAGAAGGGUGGUGCUUUCAGUCCUGUGGAUGGAACUUCACAUGUAAGUCAUAACCUACCAACUGGCUUCAACAUGCUUCCUAACAAGUUUUUUAAAAGCCAGAAAAGAGUCAAAGUGUAGUUUUUUGCGUGUUGAUUUGCCCCAAGGUACGUGAAGAGGAGGCUGUGGUAUGUGGAUUUUCUCUGUCUUGAAGUUGACAUUGAACCAAGCUUCAUAUCUCCAAGAUCAGGUACAGGCCCCUCUCACCAGAGUUGCUUGCUCUGUGGACGGUCAGGGUCAUGGUUCCUUAACAAUCAGUUGCUUAUCUCUUCUCUCCUCCCUUCCUACUUAUAUAGAAGAUGAGGAAACAGGUUCAGAGAGCAGAAGUGACUUGCCCAAGGUCACACAGAGUUGAAGGCAGAGCUGGGACCAGAACCCACAUCAACUGCUUUUCCCCACUCCUCGCCCCGUUGGCCUCUUUCUUCCUUUUUCUCUUUUCUUUUUUCAGAGCCCUGGUGGCUUAGUGGUUAACAGCUCAGCUGCUUACCAAAGGGUCGGCAGUUUGAAUCCACCAGCUGCUCUUUGGAAACCCUAUGGGGCAGUUCUACUGUGUCAUAUAGGAUCGCUAUGAGUUGGCAUUGACUUGGCGGCAGUGGGUUUGGUUUUGGUAAGCAUUUGCCGUCUUACUCAUUCAGGACUUAAUUACAGCAGCAUCAUGUUCUCUGACUGUUUUGUGUUUUUGUUUAAUGAUUGUCUGAGACCCAUCUACUCAACAGGGCUUGAGGACCCAGUGUGUUUGUGUGUGUGUGCGUGCUUUAGAUGAAGGUUUACAGAGCAAAUUAGUUCAUAAAACAGUACACAUACUGUUUUGUGACAUUGAUUGCCAACCCGGCAACAUGUCAACACUCUUCCCUUCUUGACCUUGGGUUCCCCGUUAAGGACCCGGAUUUUAUUUUCUCUAGAUCUCCCCUUCUCCCACUCUUUCCACCUCCACCCUCUCAAGCCAGGCAGGUUCUCAAUAAGUACUUAUUGGAUCCUGUCCCACAGUCUUUAUAUCAGCUUCUGCCUGGGGCGGAAACCCUGGUGGUGUAGUGGUUAAGUGCUACGGCUGCUAACCAAAGGGUUGGCAGUUCGAAUCCACCAGGCGCUCCUUGGAAACCCUAUGGGCCAGUUCUACUCUGUCCUAUAGGGUUGCUAUGAGUCGGAAUUGACUCGACGGCACUGGGUUUGGUUUUUUUGUUUUUCUGCCUGGGGCAGGGGUACAGGGUUGGGGGUGGACAACACGGUGUCAGGGCAGUGAAGAAAGCCAUGCUGAUGCUUGUGAUCCCUCAGCCAGCCUGGGCUCUGCAGGCGGUUUGUGAGAUUCUGGUUUGGGUCAGGCACAGAGUUUCUAUCUAAGCCGUGUCCCCUUGGUCCUUCUGUAAGAGCUUGUCUCUGGGCUUGGUCGUUGAAUCAGCCUCUUGGGCAUUGUGAAUUGUAGACAGAAAUGCUUCUCUUUUUAAAGUUUAUUUAUUCCCUUAUGAUACAAGCAAUACGUUUUCACUGCAGAAACUUGGACAGUACAGAGAAACAUAAAUCAGGUGGUCAUAACUAAUUGCGGACACUUGGUCUGUGCUUGGGGAAGUAGUCUGGUGCUUCUUUCUUUUUUAUUUAUUUUCUUUAUUUUGCUUUAGAUGAAGGUUUGCAGAGCAAAUUAGUUUCUCGUUAAACAAUUAAUACACGUAUUGUCUUGUGACAUUGCUUGCCAACCCUGCGACGUGUUAGCACUCUCCCCAUCUUGACCUUGGGUUCGCCAUUUCCAUUCGUCCAGCUUUCCUGUCCCUUCCUGUCUUCUCAUCUUUGCCCCUGGGCUGGUGUGCCCAUUUAGUCUCAUAUACAUGAUUGAGCUGCAUGUAUUUUUGUUUGUUUUAUGGGCCUGUCUCAUCUUUGGCUGAAGGGUCAACCUCAGAAGUGACUUCUUUAUUGAGCUAAAAGAGCGUCCAGGAGCCAUACUCUUGAGAUUUCUCUAAUCUCUGUCAGACCAGUAAGUCUGGUCUUUUUUUGUGUUAGAAUUUUGUUCUACAUUUUUCUCCUGCUCUGUCUGGGACCCUCUAUUGUGGUCCCUGUCAGUGCAGUCGAUGGAGGUAGCUGGACACCAUCUAGUUGUACUGGACUUAGUCUGGUGGAGGUAGCUGUGGUCCGUUAGUCCUUUGGACUCUGGUGCUUCUUUCUGACCCCUGCUCCUUGUGAACACUCUGGGGAAAUUCUGCCUGAGGUGGAGGUCAAGGGAGCCAGCACAUUGUGCUCAGCUGCCUCCUCCCUUCAGCAAGGCUGCGAGAAGUCAUUCCCUCCAGGGAACCAGGCCUGCCUGUAGCUGCCCAGGCAUUUCCCAGGGCCCUGAUGUCAGGAGUAGCCCCAGCCGGACCAGCAUCAGGGGGCCGGGCUCCCCAAAAGAUGAACUUCUCAAGUUCACCAGGUGCCACUUUCUACUGAGUUGACUCUGACUCCUGGCAACCCUAUGUAUGUCAAAGUAGAACUGUGCUCCACAGGAUUUUCGAUGGCUUAUUUUUCAGAUGUAGAUUUUAGAUUGCUAGGCCUUUCCCUUUCUUCUGAGGUGCCUCUGGGUAGACUUGAACCUCUAACCUUUUUAGUUUUCCUCCCUUCCAUCCCAAACCGUCCUCUCUAAAAUAGAAUUCAUUUAUGCUCUCAAAGCUGAUGUGUUCUGGUAUUGAACCAUGGCCAUUUUGGCUUUGAGCUUGACUUGGUAUUUGAAGAAACUUUAAUUUUUUACAUAAAAAAAUCUGCAUCAUUUCAGUGAGAUUGGAAAAUACAGAAAAGCAAAGAGAAAAACAAAUCCCUGUAGCCACAUCACCUACCUGUAACUCUCGUUAUCAUUCUGAUGUGUCCCCCUCCAGACUCAUUUCUGUCUGUUUAAAGGUGUCCAUGGAGCCCUGGUGGCUCAGUGGUUAAGAACUCGGCCGCUAACCAAAAUGUCAUCAGUUUGAAUCCACCAGCCGCUCCUUGAAAACCGUAUGGGGCAGUUCUACUCUGUCCUAUAGGGUCACUAUGAGUCGGAAUUGACUCUAUGGCAAUGGGUUUUUGGAAGGGUGUCCAUAAAGUCUGGAAACAUAGGCACAUAGACACAAUGUCAGCAAGAACAUUUUUAAUCUGGAAAAGAAGAAAAUAACAUUAUCUGUGCCCAGAUUUUAUAGACACCCAGAGAUAUGUGUAAUGGAAAUGAGAAUAUAUUUUUAGCAAAAAUAAGAUCAUAUUAUUAUUUUAUUUUGAUUCAUUGUACUACAAACCAGUAAAACAUUAUAGAUCCAAUGCAGCCUCAUCCACCUCAUCCUUCCCUCUCCUUCCCAGAGAGCAUCUAUGCUGAGGUAAGUGGGGUUAUGCCCAGGCUUAUUUCUGUGCUCUUACCACAUCUGCGCAGAGCCUUAAAAGAGACAUUCAUCUUUAUGUGUUAGAAAUACUCAUAAGUAAUAAUUGAACUGUUCAUAUCUUUUUUUUAUUUGCUUUUGACAACUUGUUUAACACUGUUUUUGAGAUUUACUUGGUUGAUACGUGCAGGUUUGGUUCAUGGUCUUCUUUUAACCUGUAAACAUUUUUUUAAAAAGCUACCGUAUAGCUCCAUUGCCUCAAUAAGUCACCAUUUCUCCGCUGGUCUAUUGAUAUACAGUUAGGUUGUUUGCAUUUUUGUCACCAUUACAAACAGUGCUGUAGAGAACAUUCUAUUCUCCUCGAGUACAAUGGAGCCUUCCUUCUUCUAAGAUGGCCCCCAAUGAUCCCUGCCUCCUGGUGUUCACACCCGUGUGUAAUCCCCUGUCCUGGAGCGUGGGCUGGAUUUAUUGACUUGAUUCUAACAAGUAGAAUACAGCGGAAGUGAUGGGAUAUCACAUCUCAGUUUAGGUUAUAAAAAGACUGUGGCUUCCAUCUUGGGCAUUCUCUCUUGGAUCACUUGUCCAUGUUGUGAGGCAGCCCUGUAAAGAGGCCGAUGUGGGGAGGGACUGAGGCCUGCCAACAAGCAUUUGAGCGAGCUUGAAAGUGGAUCUGCGCCCUCCCGCCCCAGCCAAGCUUUUAGAUGAGACUACAGCCCUGGCCUUAGCCUAACGGGAACCUCAUGAGAGACCUUUAGCCAGAGGCACCCAGCUAAGCUGUCGUCAGAUUCUUGACCAAAAGAAAGUAUAAGGUACUAAGUAUUUUAAGCUGUUAAGUUUUCGGGGUUAUUUGUCAUGCAGCAAUAGACAACUAAUACAAGCACACCUUGAGCCUUCCUGUAGAGUCCAUAUCUAGAAUACCUAGCAGUGGAAUUGCUGAAUCGUGUGAUAUGCUUAUGGUCAGCAUUACUAUAUGUUACUAAAUUGCUCUGCAAGGUGCUUGUGGCACUCGCCCUUUGCAGAGUUCCUUUUUCCCCACCUUCUCUGCAGCACUUUUAUCAGGUUUUAAAAUUUUAACUUUCAGAUGGUUAUAGAAUAGUAUCUCUAUAAUUUUAAUUUGUACUUGACCGAGUUCUAGUGAGGUCGAGCAUAUUUAAUAUAUUUAUUAUUCAUUCUGGCUUCCUCUUCUGUGAAUUAUGUGCCCAUAUCCUUUGCCCAAUUUCAUUUUGGGAGGAGUAGUUUUUUCUUACUGUUUUGUAGAUAUUUUGGUAUUCUUGGUACUAAUCCGUUGUCAAUGGUACUAUAUUAUUCUCUGGUUUUCUUUCCCCCUCCAGUAAAUGACAUAUUUUUUUUCCCAGUUAACAACAUAUUGAGAAUGUUUUUUAUGCCAUGUAUACAUCAUUUUAUUGGCAUUCUAUUGUGUAUAUAUAUACACCAUAAUUUAUUUAGCUGGACGUUUAAGUUGUUUGCAGUUUUGCGUUAAUAGGAACGCGGCUGUCUGUCAGCUUAGGCUACAUCACACUCAGGUAACAAAUGACCCUGAAAUCUUAGUGGUUUGUGACAACAAAGGUUUCUUUCUUGCUCAGGUUACAUGACCACUGCCUGUUGACUGUGGCCCUGCUCUCUGCCGUCAUCCCUCUGGGACCCAGACUGACUAAGCAGCCCUAUCUGAAACACUGCUGGUCUCAUGGCAGAGGGGAAAAAAGAUGGUGGAACCAUAUGGUACUUCUUUACUCAGAAGUAGGAACUGACACAUACCACUUGUUACUUCCCCUUACAUUUCAUUGGCUACAGCAGAUCACAUGGCCAAGCCUGAUGUCAGAGAGAUGGGAAGCAUAAGCCUCCUAGAGGAAAGGGUGGUGAAUAUUUUGAGCAAUACAACUGAGCACAUGCUGUGAUGACCAUGCCUGUACUUAUGUUCCCCCCACCACACACAGACACACACAAACACAUUUAUGUGAUUAUGCCUUAGGAUAAAUUCUUAGAAGUGCUCAGGGAUAUGCUCAUCUAUAAAGCUUUUACUGCUUAUUACUUUAGCCAGGUUUUAACCAUUUUAUUGCAUGCUGUCUGUGAAAUUAUAAGUAAUUAUUAGCACUGGUGACCAUUUUUAAAGGGGAAAAAAAAUACCAUUACAUAGAAAUAUCCCCCCUUCAUAAUUAUGAUACCUUACCAUUUUUAUAGUCCCUGGGUAGUGCAAGCAGUUAAUGUGCUUGGCUGCUAGCAGAAAGGUUGAUGUUUGAGUCCACCCAGAGGUGCCUGAGAAGAAAUGUCUGACAAUCUCCUUCCCAAAAAAUCAGCUAUUGAAAACCCUAUGGAGCACGGUUCUACUCUGAGACACUUGGAGUUUCCAUGAAUUGGAAUCGACUGGAUGGCAACUGGUUUUAUUUUCUUUAUAGCUUUCAUAUUUUGUUUAUUUCUCAUAGCUACCUUACGAAGUUUGGAGUUGUAGGUAUUUUACCACUGUUUUACAGACAGCAAACCUGAGGCUCAGAGAGGUUGAAAAAUGUGCUCAGGGUUACACAGCUGGUGAUGAGGAGAGCUGGGACAUGAGUCCAGAGGGCCCUGACUCCUGAUGACUUCGGGGCACUUUCUCCUUUGCUCUGGCCUUUGGAGGCUGUGACUAAAAUACCUUUUCCCCAGCCCCUUUGCUCCUCCCUUUCCCUCCCUGCUCUCACACUCCAUUUUCAGAUGUGCUGAGAGACUGGCUGCAGAUUCAUUGGUGAAGCACGAACGUGGAGCACAGGCCCCGUCCUCAGGACCCGCCUGCAGCGUCCCUGGCAGAGGUCUGGAGCUUGCUCUCUGAGGACACGCGGCCACAGCUACAUUGCCUUAAUCUGUAUUAAGGUGUAGUCACCGCCCCCGGCCACCAUGGGCAAGCAGAACAGCAAGCUGAGGCCCGAGGUGCUGCAGGACCUUCGGGAGAACACGGAGUUCACUGACCACGAGCUGCAGGAGUGGUACAAGGGCUUCCUCAAGGACUGCCCCACUGGCCACCUGACUGUGGAUGAGUUCAAGAAGAUCUAUGCCAACUUCUUCCCCUAUGGCGACGCUUCCAAGUUUGCGGAGCAUGUCUUCCGCACCUUCGACACCAACGGUGAUGGCACCAUUGACUUCCGGGAGUUCAUCAUUGCACUGAGCGUGACCUCACGGGGCAAGCUGGAGCAGAAGCUCAAGUGGGCCUUCAGCAUGUAUGACCUGGACGGCAACGGCUACAUCAGCCGCAGCGAGAUGCUGGAGAUUGUGCAGGCUAUCUAUAAAAUGGUGUCCUCGGUGAUGAAGAUGCCUGAGGACGAGUCCACUCCAGAGAAACGGACGGAUAAGAUCUUCCGACAGAUGGACACAAACAAUGACGGCAAGCUGUCCCUGGAAGAGUUUAUUAAAGGUGCCAAGAGUGACCCCUCCAUCGUCCGAUUGUUACAGUGUGACCCCAGCAGUGCGAGCCAGUUCUAAGGAAACGGGUAUCUGGACAGUCGCAGAGAAACACACGGGCUUGUCUUGCUGUUUGAGCUUUGCUUGCAAAAGUGGAUGCCUCCUCAGUCAUUUCUGCUCUUCCGGGACCGGUGCCCAGGCGACACCAUCACGCCGGCCUGGCCCUGCUGGCUGCGCCUCCCUCCUCCGCCCAAACAACGUGAUGUUCCUCCCGUCCUGCCCCCGUCUCGGCCUGUUCCUUUCCGGGGUGACUCACUGGGUGUGUUUACACGGAGGGUUUAAAGUGUUCAGGGCUCCUGGGGCAACCCCCUUCCUACGGGGAGCCCAGUGGACAACACUGAAGAUUCUAGGUAGGACUUUCUAAGAUAGCACCAGGGCCAACUAAGUUAUUUUGUAAUCCCAGGUGACUCUGCCGGAAAGGUAGGGACGGAAACGGAGCACGAUUAGACAGAGCAAGUCCCUACCCGAGCAUGGCUCCACCUAUCUCGUUGGUUUGUUUUCUCUGACCAAAAUUGCUUGCACUUAUAUAUACUGUGGUCUUCUUUCUUUCCUAUGUAAAUUAUGUGUAUGGUGAAGUACAGUGUACAGUCUAGGUCCCGUAUUUAAUGCCUCUGACUGCCUUCCAAGCCUGGUUCCCCCGUGGCCUGUGACUCCUCUGAGCCUGGUUGUCGUGUGGUAUUUAUGCACUCUCGUGCCACCUGCUUCCGGAGGACCUGCAUGCGUGCCCAGAGCCCUGGAGAUCCUGCCGUCCAUGUAGUGAGUGCAGUUGUGCGUUGAAGGUCUGUUCUCCCUGUUGAUUGGUCUGGCAUUUCCUGUAUUCAAAUUAUCAAAUAAACGGAAUUAUCUGGA